AUGGCACGACCCCAUCCAUCUCGCCACCGUCCGUGGUCCCCUCCCCGUGCUCCCCACCACGACGGCACGACCCCAUCCAUCUCGCUGCUGUCCACGCCCAGUCGCGCCUCCCAGGAUCACGCCCACGGACGCAACCUCCCUCCCUCCCCGUCCCCGUUCAUGUCGCCCCCGUCCGUGAUCCCCUCCCCGCCCUCCUCUCCACGACCCCAUCCAUCCUGCCGUCGUCCACGCCCAGCAGCGCUCAAAAGCAAAAAAGGGUACGAAUACGAAUCCCAAUCCAGGGUCGGAGGGCGAGCGAACUCAAAAGCAAGCUGUUCCAGUCCAAUCCGCCCCAGUCCAAAUCUAAUCGCCGGGUUUAGGCAGAAUGGGUGGGACGCGGCGAGGUUUAGGUGGGGUUUGUUUUGUCCCUUUCGUGUGAUUCUGCUCUCCGCGCGGGAGGCAAGUACUGACGGAAGCGAAGACCAAGGCGGAGGAGGGGGUCCCCGGCGGUGGAAGUGGAACGCGCCGAUGCGCAAGUUUUAGGACUCCAUCAAGGCCCUCCAGGCCAACAUCGAUCAUGCCAA